GGGGCGGGCUGAAGCCACAGGCAGGGUGAGGUGUCUGUUUUCAGGGAUCGCUGUUGCGGCACGGGAGAGCUGUUUUGACAGUUGGAGCCGGGGUUUGUUUUUGAAGCGGGGGCCUGGCCGUACACCCCUGCGGAAUGCUCUUCAUGAAAGAGAGGGAGAGAGAGAGAGAGAGUGAAAGAGAGGGAGGGACAGACAGCGAGAGAGAAAGAGAGAGAGAGAGAGAGAGGCACACGCACACUUAACCCGACGCUGUAAUCGCAGGCUGCACGCAGACUGGAAGCUACCUUCCUCCGGAGUUCACGCCCCCGAGGGCUGCUGGGAUUGUAGCGAAACUGUGUCAGAGACCGAGGAGGAGGAGGAGGAGGAAGGGGGAGGCUGGCUGGCCGGACGAGUCCUCCCGGCUCUGUUAGUGACGCGCUCGCUCCGGGCCACAGAAUGACUGCAGCUAGGCUGCCUGCACGGACGUCUGUUUGAGCGGCAGUUUCUCGCUGUCUCUCCCCCCACCCACCUCCCCCCCACCCCACACCAGACAGCUCGUCUUCUGCCUCUGCUGUGGGAACUGGGAACCAGCCUUUUUUCUUUUUUGGCUGUUUUUAUUUUUAUUUUUUUUUUUAAAUAUAAUUUCUGUGGAUUCUCCUUCUCCUUCGCUCUGAUUGCUUUUUGGGACCAUGCCGGUGGUGGGCGUGGCCUCCAAGCUCCGGCAGCCGGCGGGGGGGGCGUCCCGGCCGGUGCACACCGCCCUGCCCAUGCCCAACCCGGGCCGGGCCGCCCAGGCGGCCGAGCCCCCUGCCCUCUCCUGCCAGCUGUCCAUCAAGCCCAUCUGCGGUUACCGUGGUUACCGGGAGCGGAGCCCCCCGGGACGGGGCAAGGAGACGGAGGACAGUAAGAUCUACACUGAUUGGGCCAAUCACUAUCUGGCCAAGUCCGGGUGCCCGCGCCUCAUUAAAGACCUGACCCAGGACAUCGCAGAUGGAGUUCUGCUGGCAGAAAUCAUCCAGAUCAUAGCUAAUGAGAAGGUGGAGGACAUCAACGGCUGCCCCCGGAGUCACACUCAGAUGAUCGAGAACGUGGACGCCUGCCUCAGUUUCCUGGAAGCCAGAGGACUGAACGUACAGGGUCUCUCCGCCGAAGAAAUCCGGAAUGGGAAUCUGAAGACCAUCCUGGGGCUGUUCUUCAUCCUGUCCCGGUACAAGCAGCAGCAGCAGCAGCAGCAGCAGUACUACCAGUCCCUCGUGGAGCUGCAGCAGCGGGUCACGCACCAACCCCCCGGGACGGCGCCAGCCCCCCACCAAAAAACGCAAGACAUGCAGUCCAGCCUCACUGCGCGGUAUGCGUCUCCGUCGCCUCACGGCGGUGUAGCGGCUGGCCAGAAGAAAAACACGAGGCUUCCGGGUCCCUCCAGGCUUCCUGCUGCAGGCAGUGGGGGCAGUAAGGUCCCGGCCGCCUCCAACCUGAACCGACGGAGCCAGAGUUUCAACAGCAUGGACAAGAGCAAGCCGCUGCAGUACUGCAGCGGCAACGAGCGCGAAGCGGCGAAAGGCAUCCCGUUGCCGGGCAGCAUUAACGGGAGCGCCGCGCCCUCCCCGAGCCCCGCCCCCCCAGCGCAGCAGCCGGUCUCUGCCAUCCCCUCCCCCAGCGCCGGCAAGUCCUGGCGCAGCAAGUCCAUGAGCGUCAAGCACAGCGCCACGUCCUCCCUGCUGUCUGUCAAAGCGCCCAGCCCGGCCACCUCCCCGACGCCGACGCCCGGCUCGCCCCCCUCCCCCAGCUCCGCCCCCAAGAGCGCAGGCGCGGGCGGGGGCCAGAGGUCCAUGCUGGAGAAGUUUCGGCUCAUCAACACGCGCGGGAACUGCAGGCCGGGUCCCGACCUGGGGCUGCGGGAGGAGGAGGAGGAGGAGGCGCUGUCCGAGUGCGGAGAGGAGGCGGCGCCGCCGGCGCCCCCCUGUGGCGGCUCCAAGCAGCCCAGCCCCACCCCCGCCCACGGCCCCGCCAAGGGCUCCGGCAAGGCCCCGGGGGGCAAGUCCCUGCCCCAGGGCAAAGAGGACAAGGCCAGGGGCAAGAGCAAGGCCUCUGCUGCCUCCGCUGGCCGAGAGGAGAGAGAGGCGCCCGCCGAACCCGCCAAGAAGACCUCCAAGAUCGCCAGCCUGAUCCCCAAGGGCGGGAAGGCCGCAGCGGUGCGCAAGGAGGGGGCGCCGGUCUCCAGCGGCAUCCCCAAGCCCGGCCUGAAGGGGGCGCCGUCCGGCCCCGGGGCGGGGGGGAGGCCAGGAGGCCCCGGCGCCGGCCCAGCGGGGGAGAAGGCGCGGCCCAAGGGCGGCCAGGCCCAGGCCUGCUACUCGCCCCGCGCACUGGGCCGUGCCACCAUGGUGUCCUCCACCAGCACCUCCGCGCUGUCGGGCGCCGCCGCCGCCGCCAACGCCACGGCAACCGCGACCACGCCCGGGAACGGCGCCGUGCAGCUGCCCCACCAGCAGCUCAGCCACCCCAACACCGCCACCGUCGCCCCCUUCAUGUACCGGACCUGCUCAGAGAAUGACUGCACCACCGUGGCCCCCCCGGACCCCGGCCUCAGCGCCCCCCCCAAGACCGAGCAGCCCUACGGCAAGACGACCGAACUGCCCUACGGCAAGACGGCCAAGCAGUGCCUGGAGGAGAUUUCGGGGGAGGACCCGGAGACGAGGCGGAUGCGACAUCUAAGCGGUUCUGAAGUCGCUGAUCCCUCCCUCCCAAACUCUUUCUGCCCCCCUCUCAGCACCCUGGAGACGACCUUCGACAGCACGGUGACCACGGAGGUGAACGGGCGGGGCAUCCCGGCGCUGGCCGCCCGCUCCUCGCCCAUGGCCUGGCGCCUCAACCAAUCGGCCAGCCCCCGCCUGCAGGCGGGCGACGCCCCCUCGCUGCCGGGCCGCUUCGUCUACACCGCGCCCCUGCGGCGGGGCGCCGGCGGGGCGGGGCAGCGGGGGGCGGAGCUCGGGGAGAGGGGCGGGGCCGAGGGCGGGGCCGAGGCGGACGUGGCGGGGUAUAUGAGCGACGGGGACCUCCUGGGAAAGAACGCGCGGGCGGAUGACAUCAGCAGCGGAUACCUGACAGACGGGGGCCUCAACCUGUACUCUCGAAAUGUGGGCCGGGCCCCCGACCUGGCCGCCGCCUCGCGUGACAUCAUCAUUCAGAGGGGGGUGAAGGAGCUGCAGGGUGAACUGGACAGUUGUGAUGACAGUAGCUCUGUGAGCAGUGGGCUCAGUGACACACUGGACAACAUCAGCACGGACGACCUGAACACACCUUCCUACUCCAGGACCUCAGCCUCACACCGCAAGAAUAAGGAAUCCAAGACGGAUGCUCAUAAGCACUCAGGCCAUGACAGUGGUAGCUGGGGUAGAUCAGAGAAAGUAGAGGACGGUCUGGAUGCUAACAUGGACCCCGGCCACAGGAAACCUUCAUCCUCCUCCUCUUCCUCCCCUGCGCACUAUGAGGACCCCGACAGGACGGGGCGCACCACGGGCCUCCCCGUGUCCCAAACGGGCUCCUGGAGGAGGGACAUGACCGCGCAGGUGGGCAUCACGCCCCCCAGGACCAAAGGCGCCUCCGGAACCAUCAAAACCCCCGGUAAAACGGACGACGCCAAGGCCUCAGAGAAGGGCAAGGCCCCGCCCAAGGCGCCGCCCCUGCAGCGCUCGCCGUCCGACGCGGGGGCCAAGAGCAGCGGGGACGAGGGCAAGAAGCCGCCGUCGGGCCUGGGCCGGCCCGCCGCCGCCGGGUCCUUCGGCUUCAAGAAGGCGGGAGGCCCGGGCUCGCUGAUGACGGCCAGCGGCUCGGCCACCCUGGGCAAGAUGCCCAAGGGCGCGGCGACGGGGGGGGCGGGCGCGGGGGGGCGCAAGACCAGCCUGGACGGCGCCCAGGCGCAGGACGACGGCGCCAGGGCCCCCCUGCAGUACCGCUCCCUGCCCCGCCCCGCCAAGUCCUCCAGCAGCGCCGUGACGGGCCGGGGCGGGGGGGCCGGCGGCGGCGGCGGCAAGCCGCUGAAGCGGCGCGACGCGGGCAAGGUGGGCUCCGGACGCUCCAGCCCCGUCGCCCUCAACCAGACCGACAAGGAGAAGGUGGGCGUGGCCGAGCCGGAGGCCUGCCUCUCCACCUCACCCAAGGCCAGCCCCACCUCCUCCGGCCAAUCGGGGCUCAGGCAGCCCGGCUCCAAGUACCCCGACAUCGCCUCCCCCACCUUCCGCAGGCUGUUCGGCAGCAAAGCCAGCAGCAAGGCCAGCUCCCCCAGCACGCCGGAUUCGGCUAAGUGCCCGUCGGCGCUGGGCAGCCCCCACGGCACCCUGGCGCGGCAGGUGAGCCUGGAGUCGCCCUCCUCCGGGACGGGCAGCCUGGGCAGCGGCGGCGGGGGGCAGAGCGGGGGCAGCAGCCCCCUCUACGGCAGGACGCCCGAGCUGGGCACGGGCGACGCCUCCAUGGCCUCCCUGGCCUCCAGCCCCGCCUCCUGUCUGUCGCUGCCCUCGGCGGGCAGCCGGGCGUGGCCCGCCAGCCUGAGCGGCUCCUCGGCCGGGAGCAAGGACACGCUGAGCUGCCAGAGCAUGACCAGCCUGCACACCAGCACCGAGUCCAUCGACCUGCCCCUCAGCAAGGUCAGCAGGGCCGGGAGCGUCAAGUCCACGCUGUCCGAGGGCAUGCCUCUUGACAGAAACACACUCCCCAAAAAGGGAUUAAGGUACCCCCCCUCGUCCCGCCAGAUGUCCCACGAGGAGGGGAAGGAGUGGCUGCGCUCCCACUCCACGGGGGGGCUGCAGGACACCGGGAGCCAGUCUCUCCUAUCGCCGUCCGGGACGUCCUGCACCGUCAUCGGCAAAUACCACUUCUCCAACCUGCUGAGCCCCACCAGCCUGUCCCAGUACAGCCUCCCGGCCCCCAGCAUGAGCCGGUCCAACAGCAUCCCGGCACAGGACUCUGCCCUGGACCUGUACGGGGAGGCCCGCCUGCUGGGGGGCAGCGCCACCUCCCUGGAGGACCGGCCCCGGGGCAUCAGCCGCUCCGGAUCCUUCCGGGACAGCAUGGAGGAGGUCCAUGGAUCCUCGCUGUCAUUGGUUUCCAGCACGUCCUCUCUCUACUCUGCGACGGAAGAGAGGGCCUAUUCUGAGCAAAUCCGCAAGCUGCGGCGGGAGCUGGACGCCUCGCAGGAGAAGGUGGCCACCCUGACGUCCCAGCUGUCCGCCAACUCUCACCUGGUGGCGGCCUUCGAGAAGAGCCUGUCGAACAUGACCGGCCGCCUGCAGAGCCUCACCAUGACCGCCGAGCAGAAGGAGUCUGAGCUGGCUGAGCUGAGGGAGACCAUCGAGGCUCUGAAGACCCAGAACACCGACGCGCAGACCGCCAUUCAAGUGGCCCUCAACGGCCCCGACCACGUGCACAGAGAUCUGAGGAUCAGGAGGCAGCACUCCUCUGACAGCAUGUCCAGCAUCAACAGCGGCACCAGCCACUCCAGCAUCGGCAGCGCCGCCGACGCCGACGCCAAGAAGAAGAAGAAGAAGAGCUGGGUGGCCGACUCCAUCCCUGCCCAGCUGCGGAGCUCCUUCAAGCAGGCCUUCAGCAAGAAGAAGGCGAGCAAGCCGGCGUCCCCGCACUCGGACAUCGAGGAGCAGGCGGACUCCUCCCUGCCCUCCUCCCCGAAGCUGCAGCACGCAGCCAGCCAGGGCAGCGUCACCUCCCUCAGACCCUCCCCCUCCAGCAUAGAGCUGUGUGAGUGCACGGAGGCCGAGGCGGAGAUCAUCCUGCAGCUGAAGAACGAGCUGCGGGAGAAGGAGCUGAAGCUGACGGACAUCCGGCUGGAGGCCCUAAGCUCCGCCCACCACCUGGACCAGAUCCGCGAGGCCAUGAACCGCAUGCAGAAUGAGAUCGAGCUGCUGAAGGCGGAGAACGACCAGCUCAAAUCCACGGGGAGCAGCACCCCCCCACCGCCCGCCCCCGCCAAGAACGCCCGCCCCCCCUCAGAGGCCUCCAGCACCUCCUCCUCCUCCUCGCGCCAGUCCCUGGGCCUGUCGCUCAGCAACCUCAACAUCACCGACACCAUCAUGUCCGCGGACAUCCUCCUGAACGACGGUUACCAGGGCAACCUGCGCAAGGAGGGGCGGAGCGUCAGGAUCGUGGUGUCGAACGCGGACGGCUCGGAUAAGACCAAGGGUACGAAGUGCCAGCAGUACCUGAUUGGCUCCAUCGGCGUCAGUGGAAAGACCAAGUGGGAUGUGCUGGACGGCGUCAUUCGCCGCUUGUUCAAGGAGUACGUGUUUCGGGUGGACCCGCUCACCAGCCUGGGGCUGAGUUCGGACAGCAUCGUCAGCUACAGGAUCGGGGACGUGGUGCGAGGCCACGCCUCCCAGGCGCCCGAGCUGCUGCCCUGCGGGUACCUGGUGGGGGACAACAACGUCAUCACCGUCAGCCUCAAAGGCGUGAAGGAGAACAGCAUCGACUCGCUGGCGUUCGACACGCUCAUCCCCAAGCCCGUGGUGCAGCGCUACCUCAACCUGCUGACCGAGCACCGCCGCAUCAUCCUGUCGGGCCCCAGCGGCACCGGCAAGACCUUCCUGGCCGGCAAGCUGGCCGAGCACCUCAUCGCCAAGUCCGGGAGCUACCGCAGGGAGGGCGCGGUGGCCAGCUUCAACGUGGACCACAAGUCCAGCAAGGACCUGCGGCAGUAUCUGUCCAGCCUGGCAGAGCAGUGCAACUCAGAGGAGACCGACGCAGAGCUCCCUCUGGUGGUCAUCCUGGACAAUCUCCACAAUAUCGGAGCUCUCAGCGACAUCUUUAAUGGGUUUCUCAACUGCAAAUACCACAAAUGUCCGUAUGUCAUCGGAACCAUGAACCAAGGGGUGUCAUCCUCGCCCAACCUGGAGCUCCACCACAACUUCAGGUGGGUGCUGUGCGCCAACCACACGGAGCCGGUGAAAGGGUUUCUGGGACGCUUCCUGCGCAGGAAGCUGAUCGAGACGGAGAUCGACAGGAACAUGUACAGCAACGUGCUCAUCAAGAUCAUCGACUGGAUCCCCAAGACCUGGCAGCACCUCAACGGCUUCCUGGAGGCCCACAGCUCCUCCGACGUCACCAUCGGUCCCAGGCUGUUCCUGUCCUGCCCCAUGGACGUGGACGGCUCCCGCGUUUGGUUCACCGACCUGUGGAACUACUCCCUGGUGCCCUACCUGCUGGAGGCUGUGAGGGAGGGGCUGCAGCUGUACGGGAAGAGGGCCGUGUGGGAGGACCCCUCCAAGUGGGUGACCGACAGCUACCCGUGGAGCAGCGGCGUGGCGCAGCGUGACUUGCAGGCCCUGCUGCGCCUGCGGCCGGAGGACGUGGGCUACGACGGGUGCAGCGCCGCCGCGGAGGGGGCCGCCUCCGCCCAGACCCCCCCGGGCCACGCCGAGGGGGACCCACUGAUGGACAUGCUGAUGCGGCUGCAGGAAGCCGCCAACUACUCCAGCGCCCAGAGCUGCGACAGCGAUAGCGCCAGUAACCACGACAACCUGCUGGACUCCUCCCUGGAGUCCACGCUCUAGAGAGAGGGAGGAGGGAGGGGCUGAGGGGCGGGGUUUCAGAGACACGUCACAAGGGGAAGCCCGUCCCCCCCCCCAGGAAGCCCUUUCCGGAAUGCGCUACCCCCACCCCCACCCCCACCCCACUUGGAACGUCGGCCGGUCCACACGUUUGACAGGACGCUGGGCGCUUCCUGUUCAGAGGAAGAAAAAGGGGGUGUAGGGGUGGGUGGGGGGCAGAAGAACGUUACUUAGAGCUGAAUUUUUAGGGGGAGUCAGUCUGACUCCACACACAGAGGUAAACUGGAGCUAGCGCCCCCCUCUGGUCGGGUACCAGAAAGGCCGCCUGCACGCACGGUGAAAAAAAAAAAAGAAAAACAGAGGAUGAUAUAUAGAAAUACAUUACGACGAUGAAACUGGAAUUCUAACGUUUUGAGAAGGGUUUGAUUUUGCGUUCCGUUUUGCUUUUUUUGCGGCGGACGUUCGCGGCGCGAUUCGUGAGUGACGUGACCGAGGCGCUUCGGACGCCGGCGAGCGCUGGUCCAGCUCCCAGCCUGGCCCCCCCCGCGGCUGCGCCGCCAGUCUCGGGUUUACAAAAUGGCGUCCGCUCCGAGAUCCGUGCGGCCCGGUCGGGAAAAGACAAGCACAAACGCGCACUGUGCGUCACCCGGGCAACCACUACUGUGAAACACUGGAGAAGUGCCAAUCGUACCUAGUGAUCAGUGCCACCCGCACAGAGGCACAGACCCCGCACCUUUCCCAUGGCUACGACUGACCGAGACAGUGUUCAUUAUGGUCUGUGUCCUUCCGCCCGUGCGCGUGGGUCUGCUCUGUACCGGGCUGUACAGAGUAACAGCACUGUUCCAGCAGCGCUGCUCAGAGGCCACAGGGCUCAGUUCACUGCUUACUUUAACGACUUUAGAGUAUCUGGUCAAGAAGGGAACAACGUUUAACAAUGGUGCUUUUCUCACUGCCUUAAAUUUGCAAACAGAUUUCUAAUAACCAAACGGUGUAUUAAUGGAUUUAAACCAUGGAUCUUUCUGGCCAUUGCCUAUGGGAAUGAUGAGUAACUAGUGUGUGUGUGUGAAUGUGUCUGUGUGUGUUUGAGCGUGUGCAUUUGUGUGUCUGUGCGCAUGUGUGCAUGUGUGAGUGUAUGUGCAUGUGUGCAUCUGUGUGUGUGUGUGUGUGUGUGUGCGUGUUUACAUGCGCACAUUUGUGUGUGCGUGUGUGUCUGUGCGCAUGUGUGCAUGUGUGAGUGUAUGCAUGUGUCCGUACGCGUGCGUCGUUUGCAUCUUCUAACAAAGGUGCUCAUAGUCAAUCAGCACAUUUAAAAAAAAUUUUUUUUUGCUAAAUAGCAAGAAGUGGGAAGAAAUGCACUUCCUGCGUGCUGCUAACAGUCAGAGACAUGCCCUUCCUGCAGUCACACCGCCUAGCUACAGUAGCUGAUUUCUUUUCUAAUAUAUACGUAACACAUAGGGAAAAUUCAUUGGUGUAAAAGGUCAUCUGUACGGGAAGGGUUUUUUUUUCUUUUUUUCUGGCCAGUUGACCUGGGAUCACUUGAAUGGCCGUGAGCACAGUCCUUUGACGUAAUGGACAGAGAGCAUGCUGUUUUUAUUUUUCUACGUGUCCAUAAAAAAAAAAAAAACAAGGUUUACUUUUCAAAGAGUGAAUGAAGUGGCCAUGAACAUCUGUGUGGAACGGCCGCUGGCCAUAGUGUAUGAUCUUUUUUUUUUUUUUCUUUUUUAUGGAACAAACAAAAAAAAUGCUGGUUUGGGUUUUGCACAGUCUUCUUUGGGGUUGGGGGAAAAUUGUAAAUAUGAAGUAUUGCACAGUGAAUCAGAGAUGCAUUCUUCCGUCUCGGUGUUAACGUCACGCUCAACUUGCUGGAAAUUCCUCCGCUUUCCAAAACAAAAAAACAAAAAGGUAAAUACGUAUGAGAGAUGCAUACCAGCGGGCAGUUAGAGAUCGGUGCGCAUUGUGUGUGAUCACGGCUGUUUUGCCUAUGCAGGAGAUGGACCGUCUAAAAAACUGCAACAUUCAUGCAAGUCAGCUCAACUACUGUAGAGAGGAGCAGAGCCUGGGGGUCAGUCGAUCUACCGUACACAGGCUACGGUAUCUAUUAUUAGUAUUAUUUUAGUAUUAUCAUUUUGAAUCAAACGUAGAUGCACAUACAAAAAAAAAAAAAGGACACAAGCCAAGUUUCUGUCCGUGCUGUUUUCAGUGGAAUCUCUACAUGGUGAAACGUGUUAAAACAUUGAUCAGUUCACUUUGCCUGACUGCGUUUAAGGCAACUAGGGAAUGAUCAGUUAGGAAUAAUCAGUAUUCACUUUCAGCCACAACAUUUUGAACAGUGAAGUUCCUAAAUGGCUACCAGUUAUUGACACACCACUGGUGGCCGGUGAGGAAUCUGGCCUACUGACGCUAGAUGGCACAGAGCAACUGGUGCUGUGAAGUCAGCUCAAAAAACCGCAGAUCAUUUUCAAAAACCGUUUACAGAUUGUCAAAAAACAGAUGCUGUCGACGGCGUUAAAACCUCAGGAUAGUCCUGUUUCUCGCGCUUGACUUGUAAGCCUCUGCUGACAAAACACGACCCCCUUGACGUUCGUUGUUCAUCCUGGACAGGUUUUAGCUCUUUGGGCAGAUGUGUUGGUCCUAGGAUCAGGGUUGGUGCAGAUGAUUCUGAAUCAGUAAAGUAACCUACAGUCUAGUUCAAGUUGAGACAUUAAAAAUUAACAGACCACAGAUAUGAAUAUUAUUUCUAAUCCCGUUGCCUCCCUUGACCAAACGUUUUACAGUUAUGUGAGACUGUUCCUAACUAAACCUGUGUAAGCCGUCAUGGGUAUUUCAACCAAGUUACGUAUUUCCUACUUUUUGCAAUUACGUUACAUCUCAGUGAGCACACAGUUUACUACUUUGGGUUCGGGGGGUGGGGGGGGAACUUUUUUUUUUCCUCUUUGUUGGUGAAACAUUUGUCUUUGAAUGUUUUAUAUUUUGUACAUUUUUAUGUAACAUAUCGUGUAAAUAGUCAGAGACCGUGAUUUAAUUCAUCUGAAGAAUUUUGUAGUCUUUGUAAAGUUCUAAUAAAUAGAAUUUGGUGUUACCAGAGCAAAAUGGAUACUGAAA